AUGAUCAAGAAGUUCGACAAGAAAGAUGAGGAGUCCGGUAGCGGCUCGAACCCGUUCCAACAUUUGGAGAAAAGCGCGAUCCUUCAGGAGGCCCGCAUUUUCAACGAGACGCCCAUCAAUCCACGGAGAUGCCUGCACAUACUAACCAAGAUCCUUUACUUGCUGAACCAGGGUGAACAUUUCGGGACACUGGAAGCCACGGAAGCCUUCUUUGCAAUGACCAGAUUAUUCCAGUCCAACGAUCAAACCUUACGGAGAAUGUGCUACCUGACCAUCAAAGAGAUGGCCAACAUUUCCGAGGACGUGAUCAUCGUCACCAGCAGCCUAACGAAAGAUAUGACGGGGAAAGAAGACCUUUAUCGAGGCCCCGCGAUUCGCGCGCUAUGUCGGAUCACGGAUGGAACGAUGCUCCAGGCCAUCGAGAGAUACAUGAAGCAAGCCAUAGUCGACAAAGUCCCCAGCGUCUCCAGUUCCGCCUUGGUGUCAUCCUUGCAUAUGAUGAAGGUCAACUACGAUGUGGUCAAGCGGUGGAUCAAUGAAGCCCAGGAAGCUGCUUCCAGUGACAACGUCAUGGUGCAGUACCACGCUCUCGGUUUGCUCUACCACCUGAGAAAAAACGACCGCCUCGCCGUUUCCAAGAUGCUGAACAAAUUCACCAGAUCCGGAUUGAAGUCCCAGUUUGCCUACUGCAUGCUGAUCCGAAUUGCCAGUCGUCUCCUGAAGGAGUCCGAGGAGGGGCACGACAACCCCCUCUUUGAUUUCAUCGAAAGCUGCCUGCGCAACAAGCACGAGAUGGUGAUUUACGAGGCUGCCUCGGCCAUCAUCCACCUCCCCAAUUGCACAGCCCGGGAACUGGCCCCGGCAGUCUCAG